AUGUCUGCCCCUCCAGUCAAACAUAAUCCAAACAGAGACUCCACCAAGUAUGCUAUUUCUCGAAAGCAGAUGUGGGCUGACUUGGUCAAAACUGGUGUUUCUCCUGAUGAGAUUGAUGGCAUCUCUACACCUGCUAUGUUUGAGAGGUGGAGGAACAUCGUAAAAAGAAAAGUGCAUGCUGCAUAUAGGGAUCACAGUUCUGACAAGGUCAGCCUCAUCAACCUAGAUGAGGAUAUCUCAUCUGGUGCCGCCACCCAGACUGACAUCAGAGAUUACUUUAAUUCAGACCAACCCAAGAUGCCCAAGAAACACGUUAUCCCUUCCACAGAGAAAGUUAAAUCCAUCUACCCCUCAGAGGAAUUAUGGGACAUUGCAGCAGCAUCAUUCAGCUGA